CUCUUGCAUGUCACCGCAAAUGGUUUUGUAAUGCGUGGCGCUAGAGAUACAUGGACUCGUGUACUUUACAGUUUAAUCUCUCAAAUAUAGACUUAGUUGUAUUUUCCUGUUUUGGUUGCUUGUGUGGGUUUGGUAGUCUUUAGGGUACAGUCCCAGCCGGUUGAGCAGCAUUAAUUUUGACCUGGUAUUGCAACAUCCUUCAUUGUUUUCUACAUGGUAUUUUGCCCCCAGUGAGAAUGUGACUACAUAGUUUCAGCGCAGAAAGCUGCGCUCCUCAAAACCGUGUUUGAAUGGCAGCGUUACAGAGGAUUUUCUCGUGAGGAGUCGCUGAGGAAAUGUGCCAUCCAUCUUUGCGGAAAUCGACGGGAAUGCUUGUGAGUGUAGAUCGUAAUGGUUUCGAAUGGUUUCAGUGAAAUACAGAAAUAUGGUCUAAUCUUUCAUAAUAGUCCCAGGGAAAUGGAAUAAGUAAGCAAAAAUUGUUUUGGUGUAUUUAUGAGGUUCACUCGGAUUUAUGAGGUGUUGAGCACAGAUUUAUUUCAGUAUAUUCAAAUCUGAAUGGGAGUGGCUGGAGCAAGACAUGUGGCUGGAAAUAGAAGAUGCCCUCUACAGUCUGAGGAGUCGCCGCAACCAUUUAGCAAAUUCUGAAUAAUCGGAGCUGAACGUGAUAUAGUGUGAUGGUCUCUCAUCUGAUUAUUUUGAUUCGACUAAUUCCCAUUUGCUCCACUUCCAAGCCGAUUCAACUGCAGCUCCACUGUUCAUCAAGUUUUAAUACGCUCCUCUUGUCGAGGUCUGAUUAGUCUUUUCAGUCCACCUUUUUAUGAACUGCCAAGACAGACUGGCUCCGUUAAUGUUACCGGUCCACUGCCCCUCUCAGCUCUCUCUCACAUUGGCUUUAUAAAAACACACUGUGUUUCCUCCUGCAGUCCAAAGGCUUCAUUACGAGCCGAGCAUGGUGCAGAGUUUUAUGGACCCAAACUAAGCAGCUUUAAAUGCACAAUGGCUGGCUGUUGCUUUCUGAUACAUUUUCUUCCCCGUGGCAAUGACAACAUGUUUGGCAGUGGCAAAGUGGUUGAUCUUAAUCUUUUGCCGGAAGAAUUAGUGACACGAGCGUCGAGUUUCCUUGAUUCUCUGAUGGGCUGCAGCUUUCUAAAGCAGCUGUCAGACGCAGCCUUUUGAACCUUUUGUUUUUCCUCGCUUGCUAGUCUGGGGUAGACUGGUGGUCGGCUGAUAGCUGGUCAGUUCCAGGGAGCAGAAUGGAGGACUCCAAGCUGCCGCUCUCCUUACGGAGUAACCUGCUGGAUCUUUUUGGACAGAUAGAGCGCGAGUUUGAAAAUCUCUACAUUGAAAACAUUGAACUGCGCCGGGAAAUCGACUCUCUGAAUGAACGUCUUGCUGGGGAUGGACAGACUAUUGAAGGUGGAGACCCCAGCAAGGGGGCAAUGAAAACAAAAGCGAGUCACAGCACCAGCCAGCUCUCUCAGAAGUUGAAGACCACCUACAAGGCUUCCACCAGCAAGAUUGUCUCUAGCUUUAAAGCCACCACAGGCUCCCGAGCUCUGUGCCAGCUCCUGAAAGAGUAUGUGGGCCACCGAGAUGGAAUCUGGGACCUCAGCAUCACACGGACUCAGCCAGUGGUCCUGGGAACGGCCUCUGCAGAUCACUCGGCUCUCCUGUGGAGCAUCGAGACCGGAAAGUGUCUGCUGAGAUACGCAGGUCAUGCUGGAUCAGUCAACUCCAUCAAGUUCCACCCCACCGAGCAGAUGGCCCUCACAGCCUCUGGGGACCAGACGGCUCACAUCUGGCGCUACAUGGUGCAGCUGCCUGCCCCUCAGCCACCACCAGAUGUCAGUGCUCCGUGUGAUGACGACCAGGACUCAUCAGAUCGAGAGGAAGGUGAGGUCGACUGCGACGGUCCCUGCGAGGUCCCCACUGUCCGAGUUGCCACAGCAACACUUAAAAGCCACCAGGGUGUUGUUAUUGCGGCCGAUUGGCUGGUCGGCGGCCGACAAGUGGUGACGGCGUCAUGGGAUCGUGCCGCCAACCUGUAUGAGGUGGAGACGUCAGAACUGGUGCACACACUCACAGGACAUGACCAGGAGUUGACCCACUGCUGCACCCACCCCACACAGCGCCUCGUGGUCACCUCGUCCAGAGAUACAACCUUCCGUUUGUGGGACUUCAGGGAUCCGUCCAUCCACUCUGUCAACGUCUUUCAAGGCCACACCGACACGGUGACGUCGGCUGUGUUCACGGUGGGCGACAACGUUGUGUCGGGAAGUGACGAUCGAACGGUUAAAGUGUGGGACUUGAAGAACAUGCGGUCACCCAUAGCAACCAUUCGAACUGACUCGGCAGUGAACAGGAUCAGCGUCUCUGCCAACCAGAGGAUCAUCGCCUUACCGCACGACAAUCGCCAGGUCCGACUGUUUGACAUGAACGGCGUGAGACUGGCCCGACUGCCGCGCAGCAACAGAAUGGGCCACCGUCGCAUGGUGUGCUGCACCGCCUGGAACGAAGAGAACGCGUCCUGCAACCUGUUCACCUGUGGUUUCGACCGCCAGGCCAUCGGCUGGAACAUCAACAUCCCAGCUCUGCUGCAGGAGAAGUGACACCUCAGACGCUGAUGGUCAUGUGUGUGUAUAUACUGUACGGUGCACACAACACUGUGUCAUCUGUGGCCUGGCUCUUGCCAGCGUGUGUUUGGCCUGUGAACUGUCCUAGUCAUGUUAUAUUUCACGGCUGUCGAGCAAACGCAGUGGAUGGUGUGAAACAUGGUUAAUUGACUUCAGCUCUCGCCGACCUUGGUGCGAACCCGGCCACAGAUAACACGUGUGUGUGUGUGGUGAUUUGUUACGCAUGGUGACUGUGAUAUCAAAUACAUGUGUAUAUAUAUAUAUAUCGCUCACUGCUGUCCACCUCACUGCUGUUAGUCACCGCUGACGUGCAUGUAGAUAAACCCGCGUGUGUUACCUGUACAGAAUCUGCUCUGAAGAUGUCCUGGCCUCUGUGUUGGACCUGUGCAGGCUAUUGAAGUGUCUUAACGGAGCUCGCCUCAGUGGUCAAUCUUUAUAUAUCAGGGUCAAAAAUGUGACUUCGAAUUCAGCCUGAAAUAACUUUGUUUGUUUGUACAGAGGUAUGGAAAACGUCACAUAAGCUUUCUUGAUGUGUCUCCAGUACCUGAAAACAUCUCAAAUAAUACCUGCAAAAUUACUCACUUCUUCAUGUGAAAACCCCCAAAAUUAUCUUUAAAAAAAAAAGCCUUCUAUUUUACAAAAACAUUGAGUUUUUGGACAGUAAAAUAGAAUCAAUAAAAUGGACAAACGUCAGUGUUUGUUCAUGAAUAUUGAAUGAAGACAGAGAGCUUCCAUAUUUAUGUUUUUCUUUUGUGUCCUGCACAGUGUUAUGUGUUAGUCCUGAAAGGUGUGACUCAGUAUUUUGUGUCUUCAGUUCGAUUAUUUCUGCCUUCCUGUCCCGAUGCCAAGCGUCAUCAGCAAUAACACCAGUCAACGUUCACGUCUCGACAACAUUGCUAAAGUCGCUAAACGGAGUUGUGAAUUUAUAUCUGUCUGGAUUUUCUUUCAUCUCCUGCAGGAUGUGUCCACACUUCAGUGUUUUGAUUCAUAAAGUGCCUCAUUAUUUUACCAUCCUCUUCUCCUUACCACAAUCUUUUUAUUCAUUAUUGUUCAACUUUGUUUCACAAACGCGACCAUUUUCAAUAAAAACCAUAGUCAUGUGGAUGUAGCCUCGAUGUUCAGUCUAACAACAGGAGCAAUAAGAGUCUUCGUCCGUGCGUCUGGUGCUCUGAAUCAAAUUCUCAGAAAUCGGUCUGAAAAAAAAAAAAAACGUGACUAUUACUUGAAGAAAUAUUUAUCUCCGUGCUGUAAAUCCCGAAAAAAAAUGUGUCUAGUUUUGCUGUAGUUUUUGUAAAUACCUGUAUUAAAAGAGUAGUAGAAAGCAAUGUUGCUGUCAAUAAUAGAAGUUUUGCAGUAGCAUUUAGAUAAAGUCGUCAUCCAAAUGCCUUAUUACAUUUAAAUUCUGCUUUCAUCAGAGCAGUGAUGCUCCAUUCCAGUCCCCUGUGAUGCGAUGGAGUCGAACAGCGCAGAUGAUUUUUUUUUUUUUUUUUUUUAUCCCUGCUUAAGCUCCAGAACUCGGUCUCCAACUCAUAUCAAUGUCAUUUCAAUCUGAAAGAAAGAAAGAAAGGAUGAGUCUAUUGUCACCGUCGGUGUGAAUUGUUGGAGAAAAUAUGAUUUCAGAUUGAUGUGUUAAAUUAUUGUCUGCCAGAUUUGAGGGUGGUUCAAUGCGUCAGAUCAUAUUCAACCCAAACCUCAUUAUGUGAACGACUUGGAAUAUUUUACUGUGGAGGAACAUGAACUCUGACACUGUCCAAUAAAGUCUGUGAAAUACGUU